AACAAAGAUUCUGAUCCGCAGCCACAUUCGGCUACUAGGUCACGAAGUUUACUUUGUUUCGUUUGGUCGGAGAAGUAUCCAAAGUUCUCGCUCGCCGCGGAAACCAUGUCUGCCGACGAAAACAUGUCUUCCGGCCGAACCUUGGCUCGCUCGGGAUUGGCCGAGAUAUACGCCAAGGGUAACGUAGGUGUGUUCUGGGACGUGGUGGAUUUCCCAAUUUUUAUACCUGAUCCUCAUUUGAUCUCUAUCAAUAUCAAAUCAGCUCUUAAGGAUAAGGGUUUUCAUUGUAAGGAUCGUGUGUCAAUAUGGUUGUACGAAGAUGAGAAAAAUAGGAAGAAACAAAAGUUUAUUGAUACAUGUGAGGCUGCGGGAAUCAGUAUCAAUUUCGUACCCGAAGUUGCUGAGGCGUAUGGAUAUGCUAGAGAUCAUAAGAUGUUAGUGGACAUUCUUCGGUGGGCUGUGGACAGUCCUAUAGAAUCCAAUUUGAUUGUACUCUCAAAUAACUUGAAAGAAAAGUUGACUGUCCGUGUUCUUCGAAGUUUGCAUGGGAGAGGUUACAAUGUUCUCUUAGCAGUUCCUACAGAACAUAUACCUUUUACUGAAAGCUCAUCAUGGCUUUGGCAUAGCCUUCUUCCUCAGAUGGGAGUCGGAAGCUCACGAUAAGCGGUGGAAGCCUAUAUCAUCAGAUGGAGUCGGAAGCUCACAAUAAGCAGUUACUGUUACUGUAACUGUAAGCAAACCUGAAGAGGAGACUAAUGUAUUUGUGAUGUUUUGUUUUAUGUUACAAUGAUGCACUAUGGACACGCCUUUUCUGUGUGUAGUUUGGUUAUUCUGAUGUAGUUUUAUAAAAUAUGUGAACUGAUGUGGUGAAAGCAAAAUGGGUACAAGGGUUGUAGUUGACUA